AUGGCACAAUCGGAAGAAGGAAAACGUGUUAAUCCUAAACUCUUUGAGAACGAAGAAAAAUUUCGUAAAGCAUUCCUAGACAUGAAGAUGAUGGUGGAAGAGUUGUACAAGGAUAGGCAGAAAAAAAAGGAAAGAAAAGACAAAAAGAAUAAGAAGGAAGAUGAAUCCCCUUCGAAAGAUGACAAAGGCAAAGGAGUAGGAGGUGGUAGUGACCCUCCUGAACCUCCAUCCCCGUCUUCUUCUUCUUCAUCUUCUUCAUCUUCUUCUUCUACUUCUUCCCCCAAGAAAAAACAACCUGUACAGUCCGAGUCUAAUUCACCUUUGUUAAAGCUUGAUGUUAAAUUUGAAUUGCCAACCUAUAAUGGUGAAGUGGAUGCAGAGAAACUUGAUAAUUGGAUAAAACAAGUUGAAGUUUAUUGCAAGAUUCAAAAGUUUACUGAUAAUGCUUCAAAGAUCCAGUUAGCCACUCUUCACCUGGGAGGCACAACCUUAAUCUAG